AUGCAGUUCAGAUAUUUCCUCGCGCUAAUUGCAACCCUCGGCUUCGCUCAAGCCCAACUCCCCAAUCUCCCCAAUUGCUCUUUUAACUGCUUCCUCACCGCCCUCCAAAGCGACGGCUGCAACGGCCUCACGAACUUUACCUGUCACUGCGCCGACCCCAACCUCGUCGGCGCAAUCGCUCCCUGCGUACAGAGUAACUGUGAUCUUUCAGAUCAAUCUUCUGUCUCGAAUGCAGUGACCUCGGUGUGUUCGUCGGCUGGUGUGCCUGUUAGUGUUCCGCCUAUUACGGGGACCGCCACGGGCUCUGCUACGACGACUGGAUCGUCUGCUGCUGGCUCUGGCUCUGGCUCGACGACGCCGUCGCGGACAUCUUGUUCUUCUAAACCUUCCACCUCUGCUGCUCCUACUUCCUCGGGAACGGGAGGCGCAGGAGAGGCGUCCUCUACUUCUGGGAUGUCUGGCGUUACGUCUGGUGCGACUGCAUCUUCCACCUCCACUGGCACCGGCACGACAUCUAGGGUCCCUCAAGCUACUGGUGCUGCGGGUUCUGUUUCUGUGCCGUUCAUUGGGACGGGAUUGUUUGCUAUUGGAAUUGCGGCUGCUGUGGCUGCGUUCGCGCUAUAA